CUCCUCGUUUGUACAAGUGGAUAGCCUAUAUUGCAAUUUAGCGGUGCUUCUUUAAGCAUUUCGGUGUUAAAAGCCUUCAGAUUAACCUUAACAUGGCUAGGAAAACCUUUUUCUUUCUACCAAUCUUCACGGUGAUUCUUGUCCUUAUCUGUCCGCAAAAUGCCAUCCACGGGAAGCGGAAUUUCUUUCGGCGAUGGAUAUCUCGUUCGUCUAUGAACAAAUGGUUUCACGACAAAUCACGCCAGGAUGUGUUCGGCGUAGGAGUUGGCCUCGUUGGUCCUGGUGUCUACGAUCCUGGUUUAAGCGCAGAUCGUUGGACAACGUCUGACGUGGUGCCCGAGCAGCAUGCCGUCCUCAUCGAUAGCUCGAGGAACCUUAUUCGCAAUGACGGAUUGCAGGCUCAAUCCGAUGGGAACGGUGGAGCGAUUGCGGGGCCCAUCGUUGCGGGAGUUGCAGGUGCGGCAGCGGGAGCGGCUGGUGCGGCGGCCGUGGCAAGCGCUGCAGCCUUUGCGACCAAAUCGUCUUUGUUCUGGUGGAUUGCUCAUGGUAUGACAGGACCAAAACCGACCAAAAAACCGAAACCCCCACACCGUCCAAAACCGCCAAAAGACCCAAAACCGCCAAAAGACCCAAAACCGCCGAAAGACCCGAAACCACCAAAGGAUCCAAAACCACCCAAAGAUCCUAAACCACCCAAAGAUCCUAAACCGCCCAAAGAUCCUAAACCGCCCAAAGAUCCUAAACCGCCGAAAGACCCAAAACCCCCCCACGGCCCAAAACCGCCGCAUCAUUGGAAGCCGAUCAAGGGUCCAAAACCCCCAAAAGAUCCCAAACCGCCCCAUGGCCCAAAACCGCCGCAUCAUUGGAAGCCAAUCAAGGAUCCAAAACCCCCAAAAGAUCCUAAACCGCCCCAUGGCCAAAAACCGCCGCAUCAUUGGAAGCCGAUCAAGGAUACGAAACCACCGAAACAUCCUAAACCGACAUGGGAUGACAAACCGCCCAAACAUCCGAAACCACCGAAAGAUCACAAACCAUCAAAACACCCAAAACCGUGGCAUCACAUCAAGGAUCCGAAGAAAGGAGAACAGGAGGAUUAUGAAUACGUGACCGAGGACUAUGACAACUUGGAAUGGAUAACGACGGAAACCGAAAUACCCGAAACUACUACAGAAACUACGUUUACCCACCUAACAUUCUGUCAGGAAGGGGAUGACUUGAUUGAUUCGCAGAUGGAAGUGGUUACGGACGUAGCCAGCGGAUCAUUUACCAUAAAAGGGAACGACGAGAAAAACUGUUCGUUAACUAUCACAGAGCCUACUGGGGAAAACAUCAGCUUAUUAUGCGACAUCAUCACGCUUGGCAAUGAUGAAUCUUCUAUGAAAAUCACAGACGGAAUCGCCGUAGUAGCUGACGCGAACGUUCCAAAUUCCGGGAUGUUUAGCUACACAUCGAUAACAAACGAGUUGAUUUUGAAUAUCAGGAAACGGGGAACACCGGACUAUUCGUGUUGGUGGACUCCAGUAUAUGCUACUUAACGAUAGCCUCCACCCACGCGCCUUAUUUUUAUGAAGCAUAUCCGUUAUCACCUGGUUAACAAACAUGUCCCUUAUUUAUUAUAAUAUUUAUGCAG